GGGCCAUGACGACGCUCACACACCGGGCACGCCGGGGGGACCCGGGCAGGGGCUCGGCCAAGAGGCCGGACGGGGAGGAGGACGGAGCUGCGGACAGAGAGCCCGGCGAGGAGGAUCCCGACGACUCCAAGGACAUCCGGCUCACCCUCAUGGAGGAGGUGCUGCUGCUGGGGCUCAAGGACAAGGAGGGCUACACGUCCUUCUGGAAUGACUGCAUCUCCUCGGGGCUGCGCGGCGGGAUCCUCAUCGAGCUCGCCCUGCGCGGCCGCAUCCGCCUGGAGCCGCUGGCCCUGCGCAGGAAACGGCUCCUGGACAGGAAGGUCGGGAGAUGGGAUUGGGAUGGGGCCGGGAUUGGGAUGGA